ACAACCUUAGUACCGCCCAGGUCGUGAUCGAAUCAGGACCCAAAGCGGUUUUGAAUUUUCGACUGUGUCAAACGUGGUUGAAGAAAUAAUCAGAAAAAAAACAUGCUUAUCUUAUUGGCUUCGGUUGUUGUGCUCUCGAUCGGUUUAGCCGUGUACUUUUAUCAGCAGUUUGCGAAUCGUUUGCACUAUGCUGCUAAGAUUGGUGGCCCUAAAGGGUAUCCCCUUUUGGGAAACUCGAUCCAGUACGGGACAAAGUCCCCGGUGGAGUUUCUACAGGAAGUGCAGAAAACUAACGAGCAGUGUGGAAAGUUCUAUCGAUUGUGGAUUGGGCCCGAUUUGAUUUUCCCCAUAACUGACGCCAAGUUGGUGGAGGCGAUUCUCAGCAGUCAGAAAUUGCUGGACAAAUCCGUUCAGUACGAUUUUAUACGACCAUGGCUGGGAAAUGGAUUGCUCACCAGUACCGGAAGGAAAUGGCACUCCAGGCGAAAGAUCAUCACUCCGACAUUCCAUUUCAAGAUUUUGGAACAGUUUGUUGAGAUUUUUGAUCAACAGAGCAAUAUCUUCGUUGGUCAGUUGAAAUCGAAAGCGCAGAGUGGGGAGGACUUUGAUGUUUUCCCAGUGGUAACAUUGUGCGCUCUGGAUGUGAUCUGUGAAUCCGCCAUGGGAACAAAGGUCAACGCUCAGCUCAAUUCGGAUUCGAAAUACGUGAGAGCCGUUAAGGACAUGGCUACUGUUGCGAUGGCUCGCUCAUUCAAAGCAUUUGCACGGUUCAACUUCACGUUCUACUUCACCCCGUACCGAAGAAUGCAAGACAAGGCGCUGAAAGUUCUCCACGACUACACAGAUAGCGUCAUUCGUUCACGGCGCCUAGAGUUAGCCAAGGGCGCCUUCACAAAGUCAGACGAAAACGAGAAUGAUGUUGGAAUCCGUAAGAAAGUGGCCUUCCUGGACAUGCUUCUGCAGGCCACAGUAGACGGGAGACCCCUGGAUGACCUCGAAGUUCGCGAGGAAGUCGAUACGUUCAUGUUUGAAGGUCAUGACACGACAACUUCGGCCAUCUCGUUCCUCAUCGGCAUCUUGGCCAAGCACCCGGAUGUGCAGCAGAAAGUCUACGACGAAGUACGAAACGUGAUUGGCGAUGAUCUGAAUGUGUCAGUCACGUUGUCAAUGCUGAACCAAUUGAACUACCUCGACUUGGUAAUCAAAGAGACCCUAAGACUGUACCCAUCUGUCCCCAUUUAUGGUAGGAUGUUGUUGGAAAACCAAGAAAUCAAUGGCACUGUGUUCCCGGCAGGAUCCAACUUAGCAAUAUUCCCAUACUUCAUGGGGCGUGAUCCGGAAUACUUUGAAAACCCUCUGGAAUUCAGACCGGAGCGAUUCGCGGUGGAAACGUCAGCCGAAAAAGCUAAUCCCUACCGUUACGUUCCGUUCAGCGCCGGACCAAGAAACUGCAUCGGGCAAAAGUUUGCCGUGGCGGAAAUCAAGAGUUUGAUCAGCAAACUGGUACGACACUACGAGGUGUUGCCUCCAAAGCAGCCCAAUUCGGAGCGGAUGAUUGCCGAGCUGGUGCUAAGGCCGGAAGGAGGCGUUCCAGUGAGGAUCAGAAGCAGGGUGCGGUAGGGAUGGAGAAGAAGGUAUUGAAGUUGCGAAAGUAGUAAAAUAGACUAGGAAUAGAUAAUAGGAAAA